GGACGAGACGAGACCAAACCCGACCGACCCACGCACUCCACCGGCAGCAGCACGCGCCACCGUCCCUCCCCACCAUCCUGACCCACCCCGCGGCGAUCGAUGGCGCUCCCGUCGGCGUCGGGCGGCGGCUCCACGGCGCGGCUGCUCACCGUGCCGGCGCUGCUCCUCCUGCUCUCCUGCGCGGCGCUCCUCGUCUUCCUCCUCCUCCCGUCCCCCUCCGCCUCCUCCGGGGCCCACCUCUGCGCCUGCUCCGACCCCGUCACCACCCACACCACCACCAGCGUCACCACCACCACCACCACCGCCGCCCCGGCCCCCAUCGCCACCUUCCCCGACGACGUCGCCUGGCUCAAGGCGCAGCUCGCCUCCAACUCCCUCGCCCUCCUCGCCUCCGCCGACGCCUGGCACGAGCUCCGCAAGGGCAUCAACCCCCGCACCCGCGAGCGCCAGCUCUUCGACCUCAACAGGCACCAUGGGAUCUCUCAUUAUCCCGAAGAAGAGGCGACCAACCACACCGCGCUGCCUUGCCCCGGGGAGCUCCUCGUCGAGGAGCACCACAGUAACUACGGCGAGCCAUGGGCCGGUGGCCGGGAUGUGUUUGAGUUCCUGGCCAACGCCUCCGCCCUCGCGCCCAGAGAUCAGGUUCUUGAAAUUGGGUGCGGGACGCUCCGUGUCGGUCUGCAUUUCAUCCGGUUCCUCGAUGCUGGGAGAUUCCAUUGCCUGGAGCAGGAUGAGCUGUCCCUCAUGGCUGCGCUUCGGUACGAACUGCCGUCGCAGGGGCUGUUGUACAAGCGACCGAUGAUUGUGAGAGGGGGGGAUAUGGAUUUCAGCAAGUUUGGGGAUACUGUUAUGUAUGACCUGAUUUAUUCUAGUGCCGCGUUCCUCCACAUUCCACGUGACCUUGUUUGGACUGGGCUUGAGAGGCUUGCAGGCAAGCUGAGGCCAAAGACAGGCAGGAUUUUUGUGUCGCAUAACAUUAAGUUUUGCACAAGGUUGGGUGGAGAUGAGUGCACACGCCGACUUACGGAAUUGGGGCUGGAAUAUGUUGGGAAGCACACUCAUGACAGCUUGUUGUUUAACCAUUAUGAGAUAUGGUUUGAAUUUCGGAGGCCAAAAGUUUAGAUCUUGAUGGCACAGGAAGAUAGACAAGUUGGUUUCUGUUUUUGCAAUUUUGGAUGUGUGAAGCAAAAUACAUGCCAUGCUCUGUACGGUAAUGAGUUUUGGCUUUGGACUGAAACCAGUGUUCGCCCAGCUCUGAGUUGAAUCAUGUGAACAAAAUUCCUGAUUGGAAGGUACCAUUGCGCUGGAGUCCUAUUACAUUUUGGUGAGUUGUUGAAGUCUUUAGCUUUAGUUACCACCAUUUAUCAGUGUACUGUAAUCUUAGUAAUAUCUGGGAGUAUUUUUCGGUAGUUGAGGUCAAACUGAUAUGUUAUACAUUGUUUAGCCCAACAGCUUCCUACAAUGGUCAAGCAGUAAUUGUCUCACCACACAAGGUUUAGUAAAUUGUAACAAAGGAUAACCCUGUUAUCCUGUUUCUGUACUUAAUGACAGGCUUAUCUGAUCAAUGUGUUCUGAAAUACACUUUGUUAUUCUAUGGUAUCUUGGUGAAUAGUUUGAUCUGUA